AUGCUCUUCUGUCCAACUUGCGCUAACCUCCUAAUCGUCUCUGACGAAGAUGGCUCUAAUACGUGGGUCUGCCAGACGUGUCCCUACCAAUUCCCCAUUACCAAGCAGAUCACAUCCAGAACUAAACUUGAAAGGAAGAAGAUGGAUGAUACUAGAGAUGCGACAGAGGAGAUGAUCGGACAAUCCAAGAUCGCCGCGUUCUGCGAGAAGUGCGGGAACAACGAGGCAUAUUUCUCUCAGAUUCAAAUCCGGUCCGCAGACGAACCGAUGACUACGUUUUACAAAUGCACAGCUUGCGGUGCUGUUCGCCGAGAGGACUGAGUGUGGUCAUAUUUUCGAAAUGCUGCAAUCGCAUACCUUUCUAUCCCCUACAUGUCUCCAAACCAAUAAGGAAGAAUCCCCAGGAUAGUACUGAGGAUUGUCAGGCUGUGGAUCAGUCAUCUGGGGCAUGGUG